CGUCCGCGUACUGGAUAUCCGCGAUAACACCGAAGGCGAAGAGAGGCGGCGGCGCCCCCUCCAUGGCGGCAGCUCCCGGCUGAGGGGGGCGGAAGAGGCGGGCGCGGAAGAGCGGGCCACAAGAUGGCGGCGCUGCGCUGUGGGCGGGUGGUGCUGCUAUGGCGGCUGCCGGGCGCGUGUCGGGCGGCUCUGCCGGCGCCCGGCAGCCGCCCGCUGUCCCGCCUGCCGCCGCCCGGCAGCGGCCCGCGGCCGGGCGCGGAGAGGAGGAGCUGGAGAAGGAACGAAACCGAGGCAUUGGGAAACCACUUCUAGGAGGGCCCUUCUCACUCGUCAACCAUGAGGGACAGCCCAGGACCAGCAAGGACUACAUCGGCCAGUGGGUGCUGAUCUACUUCGGCUUCACACACUGCCCUGACAUCUGUCCUGAUGAACUGGAGAAAAUGAUUGAAGUGGUAGAUGAAAUUGAUAGAAUUCCAUCUUUGCCUAAUCUGACCCCACUGUUCAUCACCAUUGAUCCUGAGAGGGACAACGAAGAAGCCAUUGCCAGAUAUGUUAAAGAAUUUUCUCCGAAGCUGAUCGGAUUGACUGGUACCAAGGCACAGAUUGACCAAGUGGCCAAAGCUUACCGUGUGUAUUACAGUGAAGGUCCCAAAGAUGAAGACAGUGAUUACAUAGUGGAUCACACAAUAAUAAUGUACCUCCUCGGGCCAGAUGGUGACUUUGUGGACUAUUAUGGCCAGAAUAAGAGGAGCACUGAGAUUUCUUCUUCUAUUGCUGCACACAUGAGAAAAUACAGAUCCUAAAACAAAAGUUCUUCAAAGAUUGAUGUGAACGUCACCUGUAGGUUUGGCUGUAAUUGGGCAUUGGAGUUAAAGCAGAAGCUACAAGCGUAACUUCCUGUCGCCACAUGCCUCCUUUCUUCCAAACAAGAAAGGCCAACCAUACUUCUGCAAAAUACCAUUAUCAAAAACCUCUAUAAAGCCUUCCCCGUGGAUAUUAUUUGUGGCAAGAUCUAGGCUACAGAAUGAAAUUUGGGACUUCUCUGAAACGUUGUUGGGAGCAAAAAAUGGAAAACACUUUUCAUUUGGGAGAAGCGCGUGUAUUACUGGUAAAAUUAAUUGGUAUAUGUUGGCAAGACAUCAGUGAAGGAUGGUUACUGCAGAAGGUUGAUUACUUGAUGAAAAGCCAUGUGGGCCAUGGCAUUCUUGGAGGACCCCUGCCCUUUUCUUUCUGCACUGUUUUGCCUUCUGGGAGAGGCAGUUACAACAUGAGCAGCAGAGCUUUAAGAGUACUUCUUUAUCAAGGUUAAGGAGGUGAAGAGCACUGAAAGCAUCAGCAGCUUCCACGCGUGGGACCAGCCCUGUGGUGUGCCUGAUCUCUUCUUCAUUUGAAUGCAGAAAUGAAAUGUUUUUUCUUGGUGAUUUUUUCCAAGUGAAUUCUGUUAACUUAUAAGCAAAUGAUUAAUGGGUUGCAAAUAGAUUUUUCUUCUGGUCUAAAUGGUUUUAUGCAUAGUUGGCCCGAUUGUGCUAUGCUGAACAGUGAAGUGGGAAGGAUGACUGGGGUCUGUGUCUGUGCAUAGGGAUGUCAGUCAGAUAAAUUCUAUCAAUGCAGCAUUUGAAAAUAAAGAUUGCUUUGUAUAAGCAAUAUAUAGCAAUAUAUUUUUUUUUUCCUUUUAGGUUUGACUAGAGUAUCAUUGGAACUUUGUAUACUGGUCAAGCUUCAUAUUCUUGCUGUGUUUUAUCUCUUUUUAGAAAAUAGUGUUUCUCUGUAGGACUGCAAACAGUAAGCUGAAUAUGCUUUUUUAAGGUAGCUGAACCCCAGAGAAUGGCCCACAGGAGACAAAACAGAAAAGUUCUUGGUGCAAGUCCCAGAGUGUUUCAAGCUGAACACAAGUGUUCCUGCUGGUAGCGCUGGCGUUCUUCUGAGUGUGGGGGUUGGAAGAGAGCAUUCCUGUCCGAGGGAAGGUGCAGUGUCUAUGGUAAACUUCCAUCUUUUCAAAAUCCUGAAAAACAAUAAACUUAACCUGUCCCAGAGCAGUUAUAAAGCAUGAUGAAGUAGUGUAGGUCCACAUCACCUGCCCUAUACUAUGGCGACCUCCUGAGAGUAUAGGGAAGGUUACUCUGAUAGAAUAUGUCUAAAACUGCACUCUUCUGAUAAAGCUCUGUCAAGACAGGAAGAUUCCUGAAAUUCCAAGAUAGAAUUUCCCCGUCAAAUAGUAGAUAGUUUAAAGAAGUUUUUUUUUUUUCUGUUUCUGUUUUUCUGUUUUGCUGAAGGAUCAGCAAGAGUUUUUCUUUAUCAGUUUACAGUGGGAGUUUUAAAAAGUGUCUAAGUGUCUUAGAAUUAAACUCAAGGUCUGAAAAGGAAGCUAGGUUUUUUUUCCUCCUUGUGGUGUCUGGCUUGAUUGCAAUAGGCAAUAAGAAUGGCUACCAAAGGAAAUUUCACACUUCAAGUCUUCUGUCAAUUAGAGGCUAUGUCAGAUCCAAGGUGUUAUCAAUAAUAUUAGUGUUGGUGGUAGGUGGCACCCUGGCAAUGAUGAUUUUAUUUUCAUGGAGUGGUUGCAGGUGACUAACGAGCCUUUCCUCACCUUUUAUUUUUCCCCCGCUAUCCUGGAGGUAAUUUAUUUUCAAAACUUUCCUUCAGAGCUGACUUUUGGCACCUACUAGUUCUGCAUUUCUUUGUCCAGGUGGCUGUGCACCAGUUCAUUUUGGAACAAGACAGGCCAUGGCUUGACCUGGUCCUGUGGGAAGCUGGACCGGAGAGCUCUGGAGCUCCCUUCCAACAAACACUUCUGUGUUUCUGUGAAAUUUGUCAUGUUGAGGCUGCGCUCACUCAGUGCUCUGAGCCUCCCUGCUCCAGGGAGCGUGUGUGUCUCUCCUUUUUUCAUCGUGACCUUUACCAGGGAAAAUCACCUCCUUUUUGAACUUCUGUUGCAGUUGUUUUGAGGAUGACUUGUGCAACGCAGUGCACUAGGAUAUAGAAGGUGGGGUAAAUGAUAUUUAUCUGCUCUUGUGAUAAAAGCAACAUUGAAAUACCACCUCCUUAGGAGUAUCAGUGGCCCAACACUCUGGCCAUUCAGUAGGGUCAGUCUAUAGUGGACAAGCUGUGCGUAUUAAUUGGUAACGAACACAAACUAUCAGUGAGUACUGCUGGCGGAGACAGUGCAGACCUGUGCAGCUUUUUUUAAUGCCCUCUCACAUGCUGUAUGUCCCCAAGUUCUUAUUUACCUCAUUUUCAUUGGGGAAAUAAUUUUUUCCUUUUUGAUCAAGUCAGAAACAAUCUGAAUAUUUUCCUUGGGGGUGGGAGGGGAAUUUGUCCUGCCUGUCUUGCUGCUGCUUCUGUAUUAGAGUCCAUUCCUCUCUCUUCUGUGUUUCUUGAAAAUACUGACAUAGAAGACCUGGUGGGAAUGUGACUAAGAGAUAGAGCAGCUGAUCUGGGAGGCUGUUUUGUUUGCCUCUUUAAAGUCUGUUUGUACUUCUCUUGAUUACAGCCAAGUGCUUAAAAUAUCCUGUGGAGAAAAGUCAAAUUUUAAUACUGUAAUUUGAAUUUUUAGGGCCUGAAAAGAUUCAUAAUACAUGUUUUUCAGCCAUAUCUGUCUCCAGAAGGAAUGGGAAAGAGACAAUAUUUCAAAGCUAAAAAUGCAGCAGGUUGAUCGUGGGGCGAAGGGUGAGAGAGGGUGUGUUUAUUGAAAACCCAUUUUACUUAACUGGCCACUAAGUAGAGGAGUGGUUUGAAUUUGCUGUAUGUGGUAGCCUCUGCCAGCAACAGGGCUUGGCCUGGGGACCCGUCUCUUCUGGUGGUGUCGGGGGUCUCUGCCAGCAGCAGUCACUGAAAUGCCAGCAUGGCGUAUCGUGCCACAAGGGGUUUCUCCCUGCCAUGCCAGCACGCAGCCUCCUGGGACUGAGACCUCUCUUUGUGUUUGGGGACUCUUAUUGCCCCUCUGUUUUUCACAGGGGGCCAUGUGUGAAAAGUGUGGCAGUUUCCCUGAGUCUUCCCCUAAAUGGAAGCACAGAAGGGGCAUGUGCGUGCUCUGCAGCAGGAGGCGGGUUUAAGGGAGCAGGUUUAACUGAUGUAAAGGAAAUGCUUGUGAAAAAUGUCAUGAGAGGGGCUAGGCUGGUGGUGCAGUGAUCUUCAGCACAUUCUGGUCACUUGUUACUGGCAGCAGGAAAGAGAAAAAUUGACUCCUGUUCCUGCUGGAUAAUGGCAGGUUGCUAUUAAACAGCUACUGUUCACCUCUCUUAUCUGUGCAACUGUAGUGAGGUCAGUCAUACCACAGGAUGCUCCCUUUUUUCCAUUAUGUGACUCCAUAUUACAUCUCUCAUGCAUUUUUGCAUACAUUGGACACUUGUCUCUGGAUAAAACUGGUUUUCAUGGGUAACUCCUGCAGGUCUGUAUUUCUUUAUUUGGCAACUCUCGAGUUGUUUAUGGCUGUGGAGUCUCCAGGGCUAAGUCUCUGACCCAUCUCUCUAUCAUCCCGUGGCUGCACUUCUCUACACAGCAUCCUUUGCACUUCUCGAGGUCUCUGCUGCCCCAUCAGGCUUGUAUUUCUUCAUAUGGCAUCAGUAUGUUAGUGACAAAUACCUUAUUCUACACAGAGUAGAAUCUGUAUAAAACUAGGGUUGUAUGAAGCAGCAAUAAAUAAAAAUAAAAUGAAUCAGCCAGAACCACCUCCUCAGAAGAAAAGAAAUUGGUAUCGCAGCUAGGCCAAGUUAAAACAAAGUACAAGCCAGUAGAAACUUGGAUGAGGCAAGGCUCAAAGCCUCUGUCCCGAGGUUUUGCAAACUUGGUACAAAGUCUGUGGGCUGCAGGUGUCAGUGAUCACUCUAUCUGCAUUUAUUUUCCUGAAGCGAAUUUGCAGCUGACUUCCCCCUACAGAGACAAAUGUAAAAUUUCUGUCUUCUCCCAGAUGUUUUGGCAUAAAUGUCAUGUCCUUUAACUUGUUUUUAUGUGCCCUGAAAGGCAGAGCCAGCUGACACGGGAAGCUUGUGGCAGGCUGGGGCGGCCUGUGGGAAGGGCACAGACAGAUUUCGGAUGGAGGGACCGGCCCGUGGGUCGUGUCACAGCCCUCAAGCACGUGCCUGCCCUCCUGGCAGUGGGAGCAGCUGAUGUGCUGCUGCUUUCUGCCUCUCACAUUGACCCUGCCCAUCUCU